AUGCGUACGUUCAAGAGUGAAGCGAGUGGCGUACCGGGAGGCGAGUUGUUGUCUGUGCUGAUCCGGCCGGACGGCAGCCAGACGAAGUUGGAUAAUUGUGUGGCUCAGGUGGUUACGAUACGCACGGGCGGUGGUGGUGAGGUGACGGCUUUGGUGUUGGCGCCUAAGACGGCCUUUGAAGCAGAGAUAGAGACGGUUGAUCGGCAAAUUCCAUUGAUGAUGGAUACGACGUCGAUGGUGGAGGGCGAGAACUACGACUGGUUCCAGCAGUGGGACCGGAUGAUGGUGUGGCGUCCGAAGGAGGGGCCUCCGAGCGACGAUCGCGCGGAGGCAACGCUGCUGGCUGCGCUAAGGCGCCGUCUAACGAGUAGAGGCCCGCGAGACAUGCCUGAGGCGGUGGAGACGCUCUGUCAUGAGGUCUUUGGGGAACGCUUGCGUGACCUGCACGCCCUCCUCAGCGGGAGUGGCGAGAUGCAGGGUCAGGACGAGAUAGACGACGUCACCGUGGAUGUGGCACGGCCGAUAGACCCGUCGGAGUUGACGGAACUCUUGGCGCGGGUGCCGAAGGACUGGAUGCCGGUGCUGCAGAGGUCGGCGGAGUGGAAAACCGUCGACUGGAAGACAGAGGGCUGUACCGACAUUGAGGCCGCAGAGGCGAAGCGUAGCCGCGAAAUGAAGAGCUGUCGGUACAAGACCGCGGGCAUCCUGGGGCUAGGCGCUGCUGCCUUGAUUGUCGGAAGCUGUCUGUUGCGAUUUUCGGGGUCGGCGCAGCGACCGACGGCAGAGCAAGGCCUGGCGGUGCCGGGAACCUAUGCGCAGUUUAGCGACAACCGGGGCGCGGCCGCCUGGGCAAUGGGACCCGGGAUGCCCGCGCCGGUGGCGACCUGCGGCAGCGGCAUCCUGCGUUGCGACACCGGUUGCAAAAAAAAGGCCCCGUGGCCCGUCGCCUUCGGUAGUCCCUGGCCCCUCACCUUCCCGCUAGCAUGGGACAUCGCCCACCGCACGUUACAGGUGCGUAUGCCGACGUGCCGAGUUCGUUGCAACACGGAGGAAGAGUCAGCGAUCGCUCUCGAGGCACGACUCCUCUCACAGUUCCCUCUCCAGACUCCGUUCAACACAACCAUGUCGAAAGCAGAUGAAGUUCGACAGAUCGUGACGUCGCUCUCCACUGCACAACAAACUUGCAAAGGCUUGGACUCGUGGGAGGCCAUCAGCAGGCUUACUCACUGCGCCUGCGACUUGGCCGCCGUGGGCUGCGAAGUGAUGACCAAAGGCAACCAGAAGACUCACGACGUCGUGCUCUCGGACUUGGAAGCGCCCUUGGCCAGAGUAGCUGCCUCCUUCGCCGACUACCCAAGCGACGUCUACGAAGUCAAGAAGUGCGCUUACGACUGCUGGGAAUUGACUCCAGAGGUCAAACAGACUGCAAUCGCGAACAGGGCCGCAACGGCCGCCUACCAGGCCACCAGCACGAGUACCACUGCCACCCCCGGGACGCGAGCAACCAGGAAGCGUGCCAGGCAGAAAAUAGCCAAGUACCCCCCAUUUCGUAUUUCCAUUGGCUGA